UCCUGCACUUCUAAUGAAAGAGAUAAAGUGACAAGUAUGGUUUCCCACACUCAGACUUUGUGCUCUGCUUUUAAUCCAUCCAAGUGCACACACACACACACACACACAGCAGUGAGUAGUGAAUAAACACACACACCCACCGUGAACACACACCCAGAACAGUGGGAAGCCAUUAUCGCUGCGAUGCCUGGCCAGCAGUUGGGGGUUCAGUGCCAUGCUGAAGGGUCUCAUCUCGUAGUGUUGAAGGUUGAGAAGAGUGGUGUACAUUCACUCCCACCACCUACAAUCCCUGCGAUGAUUUUCCAAUAUAAAUCUUUUGACAGGGACAUUUUAGACCACACUGCAAGUAGAACAGAAUUCUCAACUUAAUCCAUUCCUGAGUAAAUACAUUCUAGUAUUGAGUUUAUUUUGAAGAACUGCUGUAGAUGAAAAUGGGAAUGAAGCGGCAGCUUCAGUGUUUCUUUCUUUUGGGAACAGCAUUGAUCACUUUCUUCAUAAUCUGCUGGGAUGCAGGAAGAGAUAUUACUUUUUACCUGCAAAUGGCUUCACAAACUGAUGCCGCACAUCUCAAAAUGCGUCAAGAACAUCGUAGACGUCUUAUAAGAGAGCAUUGCUCAGCCAAUAGUAGCCUGAAUUUUACAGAGAAAUUAAUCACAUUUGACCAGAUUCCAAACAAAGCUCUGGACCAUCUCAUUGUGGAUGAUCAUCAUGGUGUUAUUUACUGUUUUGUACCAAAGGUAGCAUGUACCAACUGGAAACGAAUCAUGAUUGUGCUCAGCCAGAACCUGAAGGCACCUGAUGGAGCUCCAUAUCUGGAUCCUCUUGACAUACCAUCAAAGUUAGUCCAUAAUUCUACAGUGCAUAAGACGUUUAACAAGCUUUGGAGACGUUUUGGACGUUACUCACGUCCUUUGAUGCAUCACAAACUGAAGAAUUACACGAAAUUCCUUUUUGUACGGGAUCCUUUUGUACGACUUAUUUCUGCUUUCCGAGACAAGUUUGUUAAGCCAGAUGAGUAUUUCUACAAAAUGUAUGGCUCAACAAUGCUUCAGCGUUAUGCAAACAUUUCGAAGCCCCCUGACUCUGUUCAAGAAGCCUUCGCCGCAGGUAUCAGAUUGUCCUUUACUCACUUUAUUAAGUACCUGUUAGAUCCACAGACUGAAAAGGAGAAGCCUUUCAAUGAGCACUGGCAGCAGAUGUACAGACUCUGCCAUCCGUGCCAAAUUGAGUAUGACUUUGUUGGGAAACUGGAAACACUUGAUGAGGAUACAGAACAUUUGUUGAAGAUUCUUGGGCUUGAUAAUUAUAUUCACUUUCCCCCAGGGUAUGAGAAUAGGACAGCAGUAGACUGGGAGCGAGACUGGUUCGCUAACAUUUCAGUAGCUGAGAGGAGAAAACUGUACCAUGUUUAUGAAACAGAUUUUAGAUUAUUUGAAUAUGACAAACCUGAGACCCUUCUGCAUGAGUGAUUAAAUACUACCUACUUACUGGUAAUUCUCUGUAUGUCUGCACUAUCAUUUAUGUUUGCACUAUGUUUGUACUUUCUUCUGCACUGGAAGCUCCUGUCGCCAAGUCAAAUUUCUUGUGUGUGUAAACACACUUGGUAAUAAAGCUCCUCCUUCCAUUA